CAUCUGGGAAGCAGCAAGACCAGGACCCUGCAGGCUGCCCCUGGUCCCAGAAGAAGGUGGGCACAUCCCAACUCCCAGCAGACCCAGGGAGCCUGGCCUUAGCCGCCUCCAGGCUGAGCCCUGCGUCGCUGUGUCUGGCAGGGUCCCUCACAAGUGCAGGCCCAGGGCUCUGCAAGAGCUAGCACCGGGCCAGAGUGUCCUGGGGUUGCAGGGUACUAGUGUAAGGUGUAGUGGGGAACACUUCUAGGCGGAGGUGGCAGACCCUAGGGCUGCCUGUUGGGGCCCAGUGGAGCCCCCUGCCUCUCCCAGUGGCCACCCCACCCCUGCCCUGCAGAGUAAACAUUCCCAGAACACCCCACAGGCGCAAAGGCUUGCUCCAAGCUGGCCGCUGGGCCAGGCCCCGCCCGCCAAGCUGUUUUCCUCUGAGAGCCUUCCUGAGAACUGCUAUUUUUGGCCCGUGUGACAGUAAUUGAUUGCUGGUGGAAAGGUAUAAAAGCAGCUGCCAGGCCGCGAGGUUCGCCAGACAGCUCAGGGAGGAUUCCACUCUGGACAGUGGCACAUCGUCCAGAGGCCGUAGCACUUCUUCCUCGUCGCCCUCCUCCCAGCAAUCUGACGCCGGACACAGGGCUCCAACUGCUGGACCCCGAUCCCUCUGCCCUGAGCUUCCUGGGGGCUUUCUGUGGACUUCUUUGCUCAUCCAGCUCCCCUGCUACCCCCAGACCUCCUCAGCUACAGGUUGCUGCUUCCUUGUGGCCGGCAGCCAUGAGGUCCCGGCUUUUGCUUUCCGUGGCCCACCUGCCCACAAUUCGGGAGACCUUGGAGGAGAUGCUGCCCGGUGGGCCUGGAGAGGACCCCCCCGCCUCCCCUAGCCUGGAUGACUACGUGAAGUCCAUCUGUCAGCUGGCGCAGCCCACCUCAGUGCCGGAUGAGGCUGCAGCCAGGGUCCGACCCAGGAGACCCCACCGGCCAGCCCGUUCCCGUGAGAAGAGCUGCACCCCUGGGUCCCUACAGGACAUCACCACCCGCUUCAGUGGCCAGCAGCCCACACUGCCCGGGGCCAGCACUGUGGACCCCCUGGACUGGCUCUUUGGGGAGUCUCAGGAAAAUCGGCCAAGUGGGAGGGACAUGCCGAGGAGGACGGGAUCCUCUGCUGACCCCUGGGCUUCAUGCAGACAGACGGACAGUGGCAAGGCCCGGGGGGCCCCCAGAGGGAGGCUGAGUGAUGUCAGGGCUCCAGGGCACUCUCUGCUGAGACUGCAGAGGGACUGGCACCAGUGCUCCCAGGCUUCUGGGCUACCUGGCCAGGAUGCAGUUUCCCCAACAAGCCCCCGUCCCAGCAGCGUCCUUAGAACUCUCUAUUUGCACCUCCCCGUGAUCCAUGAACUCUGACUCCUCCCCAAUAAAGACUUCUGCAAAUAACA